AUAGGGGGGUUUUGCUGUCUCUGGCUAGGGUUUUGGUAACUCGAUCGAUCGAUCGCCUUAUACCUCCAUUUUCGAAUCACAGAGAGCUUCAAGCUAUCAAUAACAAUGGCGGUUGAUGGAAACUCUUUCGAAGUUACUCCUGAAACCGAGAAAUUUCUCUGCGAGCGAUUGCUGGAUCAAACGCAACCGAUUUCGGAGCGGUUCAGAGUCCUCUUCUCUCUCCGCAAUCUUCGAGGCCCUGCCCCUCGCAAUGCUCUCAUCCACGCAACAAAAGAUCCUUCAAAUCUGUUGGCACAUGAGGCUGCUUUUGCCUUAGGUCAAAUGCAAGAUGCUGAUGCUAUUCCUGCUUUGACACUUGUUCUUAAUGAUCUUUCUUUGCAUCCUAUUGUACGCCAUGAGGCUGCAGAAGCUCUUGGUGCCAUCGGUUUAGAGAGUAAUAUUUCUCUUUUAAAGGAUAGUUUGGAUUCAGAUCCAGCACAAGAGGUUCGGGAGACAUGUGAAUUGGCUCUUUCUCGGAUUCAGGAGCUGAAAAAUGUCGGUGAAAAUAAUCAGUCAUCUACAAUAGAGGCAUCACCGUUUCUAUCAGUUGAUCCUGCUGCACCUGCUUCUUGCUCUUCCGUAAAUGAACUAAGGGAGAUCAUAUUAAAUGAAGAAAAAGGCAUGUAUGAGAGGUACGCAGCUCUUUUCGGACUCCGAAAUCAUGGAGGUGAUGAAGCAGUUGCUGCCAUAAUAGAAUCAUUAAACGCAAAAAGUGCUUUAUUGCGACACGAGGUUGCCUAUGUGUUGGGACAGUUGCAAAACAAAGCGGCUUCAGAUGCACUUUCAAGAGUACUUAAAGAUGUGAACGAGCAUCCUAUGGUUAGACAUGAAGCUGCUGAGGCUUUAGGUUCCAUUGCAGAUGACCAAUGUAUAUCUCUACUUGAGGAAUUCUCCAAAGAUCCAGAGCCGAUUGUUUCACAGAGCUGUGAAGUUGCUCUAAGCAUGCUGGAUUUUGAACGAUCCGGCAAAUCAUUCGAGUACCUCUUUAUGCAGGCACCUCAAUUGCAGGAGGCAGCAUGAUGGUUUCACUUUGUUGUGUGUUUUGUUACCAUUGAGUUUUGAAGGAUGUAGUCAACAGUUCACUUACAAGAUGGUGGGUCAGGUGAUGAAUUCCUAGAUUAUGACAAUAACAGUAAGUUAAUAACUUAUUGAAUACAACAUUUGUCUCUUGCUUUUGUAUAAACUCACUUCUAUUAAAAAUGAUAAGUUCUAUAUGAAAGUA